GUCCGAUGGACCCACAAGCGCACAUAUAUAUGUUGACCUUCUACUCUGUGGCCACCCCUCAAUAAGCCUCACUUCCACCUGUCUCUGGUCACUCCGUAUCAUGGAUAGCUUACAAUCACUCAACCCACUGCCUAAUGCUGCUGGUACUCUGGCUUCCACUGGCAGUGCCACUCAAAAGCCCCAGGAGACCAUAAACAUCGAGACGGCCGAGCACGCGACAACAAUUACAGCAGCGGAUACAGCACCGCCGCCUGCCGCGGAGGCUGAGAUACCCGAGAAAUGGAUACAUCUAUCCUUCACCUGGUCCGGUAAGCCAUUCGGUUUGGACAUCGCGGAGUCAGAUAGGGUGGACGACCUCAAGGCUCUGUUGCAGAGCUUGACAGAUGUUCCUCCAGAGCGACAGAAGAUCCUCGGUCUUGUGAAAGGAAAGCUGCCGCCAGACGAGGAGACUAUCGGCAACCUGAAGCUUACGAGCGGGAAGAAGUUCAGUCUAGUUGGGACGCCUCAGGGACAGGAGAUCAAAGAUCCUUCACAACUCGAGUUCUUGCCUGACGUCGUCAACGAUCUGGAUAUCGACUUCUCUGCGAACCCUGAGGCAGCGAGCGCCUACAUUCACGAUCAACGAAAUCAGCGGAAGAUCCGGGAAUGCACAAAGAAACUGGAAGUCAACAUUAUCCAUCCGCUGCGAGAAGGCAAACGAUUGUUGGUCUUGGAUCUGGAUUAUACGAUCUUGGAUACGAAACCUCUCACCUCCGGAGCGCUGCCACCGCAUGAAUGUGCAAGGCCACGGCUACACGAGUUUCUCGAAGCAAUCUAUCCUCACUAUGACAUCUGCGUGUGGUCACAGACGAGUUGGAUAUGGCUCGAAACGAAGUUGGCUGAACUAGGUAUGAUUGGCGGAGGGCGUGCCUAUGAGAUAUCGUUCGUUCUUGACAAGAAGUGCAUGUUCUCUGUUUUCUCAAGACGUGACGGCAAGCCGUAUAAGCAUCACGUCAAGGCCCUGCAGAUCAUCUGGAACCACUUCCCACAGUUCAACGCAAGCAAUACGAUCCACGUAGAUGACUUGGGGAGAAACUUCGCCUUGAACCCGGGUCAAGGUCUGAAGAUCACGCCGUUCAAAGACGCGCGCCUCCCACAAUCCAGGGCAGAUAGAGAGCUUGACGGGCUCGCGCGGUAUAUGAUACAUAUUGCUACGGUACACCAGGACUUCCGGGACGUUGAUCACAAGAACUGGCAGUAUGUCGCGCGUGGGCUUCCACCGGCGUGACAGGGACGCCUGCGCGUUGAUUUAGAGACAUGGACAGUCUUUGGGAAUUAAGGAAUCAUCUAUGACUUGUGCUCCCGCGCUUGGGACAUUGUUUGGCUCUGCGGAAGGAUGCAGUGACAUAAGCUUGUUCGUGUAGGACAACACCGUACGGGUCUGCAAACGUAAAACAUUGGGAUGAUUGUAUAUAUUAGGGUCGCACAUGUACUACUAUGAUAGCAAUGCAUAGAAGCAGCGUCUUGUACCACA